AUGGAGCCCUUCAAGGCCGCGCGGUCCGUGCGGCUCAAGAGCCACCUGGGCACGUACCUCUGCGCGCUCGACGACGAGGCCGUCUCCCACGGCUACCGCCGCAACUCCCGCGGCACGGUCUGGGCCGUGGAGCUCGCCGGCGACGACUACGUGCGCCUCCAGGGCCAUCGCGGCCUCUACCUCGGCGCCACCGAGCUCCCCGCCGACGUCCUCGGCAGCCGAGGCCGCGGCACCAGGGCGAGCUGCAUGGUGGUGCAGGGCACGCCCUCCUGCCCCAACGACAACGCCUUCCUCUGGUCGCCGCUCCGGGAGGGGGAGCACCUCACGCUCUCCGGCCCCUACGGCCGCCUCCUACGCGCCAGGUUCGGGGACACGCCGCAGGACAACGCGAUCACCGUCGACCUCGACGCCGACCCGGCGGAGAGCUCCUGGGUGGUCGAGCCCGUCCUCGUCCCGCCACCGCCGGUGGCCGCGUCAGAGGCGGCGGUGAUCUGCCGCGCUAAGUCGUGCGACGCCCGCUUGGAGGCGACGGCGUCGGUGUCGGACACCGCGUCCAGCGUCUUCGCCAGGUUCCACUUCCACUCCGCCAAGGAAUCGAAGGGGAAGCUGCUCCUGGAGGAAGAGGAGGAGAAGGAGGAGGAGCCGUCGAGCGAGGAGGAGGAGCCCCUGUGGAAGCCGGCGCCGCGGACGAUCUUCUACAACACCGCCAGGGACGACGGCGGCGUGGACGACUUCGACGACGGGACCUGGAAGUACUUCGCGUUCAACGAGCAGAGCCUCGUGGCGCUUCACCGCAGGCUGGGCGAGGAGACCCGCCGCCGCGGGGACUUCGUAGUCUGCCGCCGGAGCACCGCGGCGCCGAGGCCGCUGUUCCCCGUCGUCCUCGACCUCCCUCCCGGCAACGCCGACAUGGAGUUCGUCCUCGUCCCCGUGGUGUCCUCUGCAGUGGCGGAGAGUGUUCUCUAGGAUGGACGUGAUCCGGCAUCAAACGUAGGAAAAGAUGGAAAGAACUUCGGUGUGCCGAUAUGCAUUUUCCUGUGUACAUUCUUUAGAAACCUGCAUUUUCGUCAGUGGACUGAACUGAACAUAUUUUGUUGUCUGCUGUGGAAGUUCGGUCAGUUAGGAUGAAUCUUAUUUUUGGUAUGUUUUCCAGUCCUGAACAAUGUCGUGUACUCCGGCGGACGAACAGAGAAAUGUCUGAAAUGUGUUCAGCAGAAUAAUGCCUGAGUUUCUUUCAGUAAUCCAACUCUUGGA